AUGGCUCUUAUUCCGGGGCAUCCCCUAGAAGAGAAGUGGGAUACACUGGAUGAGAAGAGCAAAGAGUCUGUUUGUCUUCAAGUCUGGGGUAUAAUUUCCAAGAUACGAGCUAUCCCACGUCCAUCAGAGCACAAUGGUCUUUUUCAAUGUGCUGCUGAUGGCUCUCCAACAAGGGAUCCAUUGCUUGAGGAUUUGAAAGAUCCGGCCCGACCCUUGACGAAUGAUUCAGAUUUGCGAGCUCGCAUUUUCGAGCGCUACUUCUAUUUUGGAGGUCGUCAAUAUGAACAUCAACUACUUAACAUGCUGCCGCGGUCUGACUGUGCAGUGUUUACACAUGCCGAUAUUGCGCGUCGCAAUAUUAUGAUUGACGAGCGGAACAAUGUCACGGGCAUUCUCGACUGGGAAUAUGUAGGAUGGUAUCCAGAUUAUUGGGACGGAGUUCACAAAUCUUCUACCUUAAGACGUGAGGAGGAAAACCGGCCUCUAGCACCCACCGACGGGACAAAACGGUACAAUCUUUGGCCCAACAGGUGUAGAAGCUUCCGGGAAAGUCUGCCACAAUAUCCUGUCGACCGUCUUCGCUUUCCCCACUUCUCCAAGUCGUAUAAAAAUCACUUGAAGUUGCACGGGGUACCAGACAGAGACUACAGUGACUGGUUUAAGUGGAAUCAGAAAGUCAAUGAGUUUAUUCGAAUAUCCGCUGUUGCCGACGAUGGAACAACUCCACCGUUAGAAGAAGACGAAGCAAGGCAAUGGACUCAUUGCCAAAAGUUCUACUCUGCGAUGAUCACGGCGAAGUUGACACACAACGCGGCACAGAGGAUCAAUGCCUUCGAGAUUUCUCGAGUUCAGUCACUCAUAAAGGCAGUAAAGGACAACCUCAAACCAGAAGGCACUGGCACGUAUGUUAACCUCCAGCGACGGUAUAUGUGCGUCACAAGAGAGAAAUGCGGAAGCGCCCAAGCCCUCGGGGCCGAGAUCAGGAGGAUCCAUGCUGAAAAACUCCUCCUUGACCCUGACUGUGUAAUCUCUGAGAUUGAGCGAACAUUCUUUUUCAUGCACGCGCUAGGGCCUUAUUCACAUACGGGCGCACGCAAGCCGUUGAAGAGGCGGCCCACCACUGAUAACGAAGAUGACGACGUGGGUGGCCCAAAGGAUCCAAAGAAGCCCACCUUCAUGGCGACAGAAGUCUCAGGAGAUGUUAAUAAGGCAUUCGGAAAGGAUGUCGAAGGCAACUUCGCCGUGUUUCCACAUCCCCACAAUGAUGGCUACGAAAACUCUCUCGAUCCGCGACGCCUGGAUCGUUGA